UUCCUCCUUUUUACCAAAGUCUUUCCAUCUCCUGGCCGGAAUAAAGACUCAAAGAUCCAUCGUCAAACGAAGAGUCCACUUUUCCUCUUCCAUUCUAUAUAAACACUUUAGAGGGAAAAAGUUACGAACUUACACUACACUCUUUUCUGUGCCCAAACCAUGGAUUCAGUUCCUUCUUCCGGUGCUUCUCAAUUCCUCGCCAAUCUUCCCUCUCGUGGCACCUUCACUUCCCCCUCCAUCUUCUCUCAUCAGGGUGGGAUGCGGGUUUACGUAUGCGAUCAUGAAACCACACCACCAGAAGGGCAACAUAUUAAAACCAAUCAACAGAAUAUACUGAUCAGAGCACUCAAAUUGAAGAAUGUAUCUGACAAUUCAAAAAAGAGAACUGCUGAGAAGGCCUUGGGUGCUUCAGCCAAGAAACCAAAUAACCAAACAAACUCUCAACAAGAGGGAUCAAACAGUCAAACAUCUAAUAGGAACUUUCAGAGCUUGACUGUAGAGAGACUUCGAGCUCUUUUGAGAGCUAAAGGUCUUCCAACCAAAGGAAAGAAGGAGGAGCUUAUUGCACGUCUAAAAGAUGCAGACGGGUCAGCAUAGCAUGGAGGGUGGAAUUCCUGGUCAAUCGGGCGUCCAAUGUAAAAGUAGUUAGUUUUUCUUCUUAAUGUAACAUAGGAUCUGGAACUAAAUUUGAAUAUUAUCUUUUUGGCCCUAUUGUCUACCGAGUGUCUUAUUAUGUAUUAUUUUAUGAUAGUUUUGUUAUAAAUUGAAAGCCUUAAUUUUAAUUCUUA